CCGGUCUCCUGUUGCAGAGUGUUGUGCGUUUGUAGCUCCCUAGAGUUUUAUUCUUCUGAGGAAAUCUCUAUUUUACUAUUACUUUCUGUUGUUUAAAGUGAUAAAAUAUAGCUUUUUUCCCCACCAGAUUUCUGUUAUUAUCCAUCAAACUAAUCCGAUCGCUCGUUUUUAAUCUAUAACCGCCAGUGCAACGCCGCGCUGUGCGUUAGCAUUCCGUUUGCCGGUUAGCCUGCCAUUUGCGUUCCCACUCACGUCUCUAUUCACGUCUACUACCGCUUUCCUUUCUUCCCUCGCUCUCGUUGAUCGCUCGUUUUUAUUGUACAACCGCGAGUGCAGCGUGUUUGUAGUGUGUUAGCCGGUUAGCUUGCCAUUCACUUAAUUUUUCUCUACGCCUUUUUCUACACAAGUUCAUCAGACAACAGUGGUGAGUUGAAAUCAUUCUACAUCUACGGUGAGUAAUGGCUUCUUCUCCUUUCCUGGUAACCUGCAUCACCUGUCAUAUGUAUAGUUUAUCAAUCUCUGUCGGCAGCGAGGGAUUCACAUGUGAUAAAUGCAGGGAAAUAGUUAGGCUGACAGAGAAGACUUCAGAACUAGAGACACGCAUCCAAACUUUAAUCGAGGAUAGUAAGAAUGUGAGGGCAUUAGAUAUGGCUUUGGAUGCGACUAGCUUAGGAAGUCCCGUACAUUGUUCGGUUCCGGUAACUUCGCCUUUGCAGCAGGGCAACUGGGUGACUGUGAGACGGCAUAGUCGCGGGUCAAAACACCGCUCUUCCGUUCCGAUCAGAACAUCAAACAGGUUCUCCCCACUCAGUGACGCACCCACUGAGAAACCUGAUCAAAGUGCUCUAGUUAUUGGCGAUUCUAUUGUACGGAACGUGAAAAUAGAGACACCAGCCACCAUAGUCCAAUGUUUACCGGGAGCCAGAGCGCCUGACAUCUUGGCAAAUUUAAAAGUGCUGGCUAAUGCUAAAUGUAAAUUCAGUAAGAUCGUUAUUCACGUCGGCACAAAUGAUGUUCGACUUCGCCAGUCGGAGAUCACUAAAAAUAAUGUUAAAGAGGUGUGUGAACUUGCAAGUACGAUGUCAGACACUGUAAUUUGCUCUGGUCCCCUCCCUGCGUAUGGUGGUGACGAGAUACAUAGCAGACUGUCGUCACUGAAUGGCUGGAUGUCUAAGUGGUGCCCGCAGAAUAACAUAGGUUUCAUAGACAAUUGGACAAGUUUUUGGGGCAGACCUGACCUGUUGAAAAGAGAUGGUCUUCAUCCCUCCAGGGGUGGUGCUGCUCUUCUCUCUAGUAAUAUGGCAUAUAGUCUUAGAGUUUGCACUUGA